CGUGAACUUGCGAUAACGAUGAUUCCACCAAACAAGUUACAGCUUUUCAGGAUGCACAUCCAUGUAUUCAAGGACAUGUGCCCCCAGUUCAUGCUAUCACAACAUGCAUCCGGCAUGACUCAUGAGUCACGAUUCACGCUGCGGACUAGAUUCUAGACUAUAGGUAGUCCUACGACGCCUGUUUCUUCUUCUUUUUUAUUCAUCAACAGCGUCUCCUUCUCUAGGUUAUCUACUCCCUUCCUGAUCAGCCUCUUCACGAGUUGUGAGGCCGCCGACCAUCUCCACCCACCUGCCAACAUGAGCUCCGGAUUCAUCGCCGUCGCUGGCGCCUCAGGUGCGCUCGGCAAGCUCAUCGUCCAAGCUGUGCUCGCACGCGGCGUCGCCGUCAAAGCCUUGGUGCGCCCAAACACCGAACCAUCACGCACAGAGGGCCUCUCCAAAGCUGGCGCGACCAUAACGCCCGUGGACAUGACCAACGUCGACGCGCUGACCCGCGAGCUCCAAGGCGCUACCUGCGUCAUCUCAUCGCUCCUGGGGUUGCGAGACGUCAUGAUUGACGCGCAAGGCAAACUCCUCGACGCCGCCGUGGCCGCGCAGGUGCCGCGCUUCCUCCCCUCCGACUUCUCCCUCGACUUCACAAAGACAGAACCCGGCUCGAACCGGAACCUGGAUCUGCACCGCGAGUUCCACACCAAGCUCGAAGCGUCGGGCGUCGCGUGGACGAGUAUCCUCAACGGAUGCUUCAUGGAGGUCCUGGUAGGCGACAGUCCCAUGGUCAACCAUGAGACACGCAAGGUCACGUACGUCGGCCAGCCGACGCAGGCACUGGACUUCACCCCAAUGGUGGACGUGGCAGCCUACACGGCCGCUGUCGCCACCGAUCCGUCGCCUACGCCACGAUUCCUCCGCAUCGCCAGCGCCGUCGUCAGCGUGCAGGAUAUCGUCGACACGGAGACACGUGUGACGGGGCAGACCUACUCGGCCAAGUGGAUGGGCACGGUGGGCACGACGAAGCUUCUAAUCAAGGCGAUGCGCGCUUUUGGCAGCGAGGAGGAGGUGUUUCCGCCGUGGCAGGGCAUGCAGUACAUGGAGAACAUGAUGUCUGGGACUGGAAAGCUCGAUCCUCUCGACAAUGAUCGAUAUCCGGGCUUGAAGUGGACUCGAUUAGAGGAUUUCUUGCGGGAGCAUAGCUCUCAAGCAUAAGGUCUAUAUUAAUACAGUCUGUAAUAUGUGAA